CAGGUUCGAGUGUGGAAGCACAAAUCGGGAAAACCGGUCGCUUUGUACCCGCCCUGCCAGACACGUUGCCUUGGGAGAAGUAACACGGGCACUCGAUUGCAGGUCCUCAUCGCUGAAACCACGUCCCUCACAUCAGCAACUCACUCCCCAAGUAUCCUGGAUUUACCACUGAACAAAGGAAAGUAGCCAGAGCCCCGCUCCAUCCGAGUAAGGUCAGUGAUGAUCAGGAUUUGUUAGAGCCUGCAGAGCAGCAGAGGAUGUCUUCCUCCGAUUCGGACUAUUCCAUUGAUUGGCUGGCCAGUGAUGAGGAGGACGCCGAGAGCGAGCAGGGCCUGCACCAAUACCAGCGCUCGGACUGCGUGAGGCGGGCCACCUCUUCCUCCUCGGCCACCCCCGGGGUCAAGAGGUGCCUUUCGCCCCCCUCGUCCGAGGACAGUCGGGCGUCAUCCUGCGCCCGCCACGACUUCUGUGAGGACAGUAGCAUGGUGAGGGAAGAAGAAGAGGAGGAGGAGGAGAGGAGUGCGGUGGGGAUGAGUGACCGCUCCACCUGUAGCUCCCCCUCCAGCUGUAUGGGCUCGUGUGACGGAGUGGCCGAGUCCCGACGGGAGUGGCCGGGUGCAGGGGUGAGCGGCGGGGACAAGCCCAGGCAACCCUGGGAUGCGGAGAGCCCCAAAAAGAGACUGGCACGCAAGAGGGCCCGCAGUUCUGGGGGCCCCGAGCAGAGAGAGGAGCGGCCCCUCACACCCCACCAGAGCGAGAAAGACCGACUGUUCGCCAGCAAGUGCAUGGAGCUGCAAAGCUAUAUCCCCCCUCUGUCCUCAAUCUUGAAUGGCCUCCGACUGGGACGAUAUAGAGAACGCCUCAGCAGUUUCCAGGAGAGUGUGGCCAUGGACCGCAUCCAGAGGAUAAUGGGUGUCCUGCAGAACCCACACAUGGGUGAGCGCUACAUCAACAUCAUCCUGAAGGUGGAGGAGAUGCUAAAGAGUUGGUUCCCCCACAUCAAACCUGUCCAGCACGCCGACAAACACACAUCAGUGGGCGAGAUGGAGCCCCUCUCCAAAAAACAAAAGUUCUCCCCGGCUGCACUGGCUCGGCCCGUCGUCAUGGUGACACCGGCGUCGGCCUGCGUCAUCCACCCGGCGGCGGGGGCGAAGGGGGCGCUGUGCGUGUGGGACCUGACGCCCCCCGGGCCCUACUCGGCCACCAACCUGAAGUGGCUGCACACGUCGCCCAUUUGUUCGCUGACCGCCGAGCAUGCCCAGGGGACGUCCCUGCGGACGACGACGACGAUGUCGGCGUCGGCGGCUGCAGCGGCGGUUCCACCUUCCCAACGGGACCAGGACCUCACGCAGGACAACGCAGUGUCCUCCAGCACGGACGCCGCCACGGGCACUGUCGCCGGCGGCGGCAACAACAACAACAACAACAACAACAACAACAACACCACGCGCGGCAAAACGGACUCACUGUCGCUACGGCAGGCGGCCCCGGCGGCCCCAGGCAGACCCCCACUGGGGAAGAUCAACGCUCCCUGUCUGGAGAGACUUCUCAAGGCCACGGAGAGCAUCAUCACACAGAGGGGCACCGGAGGGGUGACGGGCAGCGGCUGGUCCUAGUCCACAGCCUCGGGGCUCCGAGCCAGAACCCGAAUACGAACUAGAACCAGGCCAGCACUGCCCCCACAUGGACACACACACACACACACACAAACACUCUCCCACAUGUUCCCCACCAUGGGUCCCCACCACUCUGGUCAGAGGCCAGAGUCUGUGUGCUCACGCCGAACCCCAGUCCAGCCUUCGGGAGAUGAGAGAGAGAGAGAGAGAGAGAGAGAGGCAGUUUAGGGGGGAAGAAAGAGGACUUUCAUACAGAAACAGGGGUGUCUGUGAAAAGUUAACUGUGUGUGUGUGUGUCUGGGUGUCUGUCCUCAUCUGACUUAAGACUGUAUUUGCAUUAAGUUCUCCCUCUAUUGCAUUUUUAUUUCUGGUGUGGUUGCGCUUCCCCUCUUUCCUUUGAGUGCACUGGUUGGUGCGAAGGACAGGAAGAGAGUGCAGGAGAGGAGAGGGGGGCUUUGGGAAGGGAGGGGAGAGGAGGGGUUUCAGAUGAUCUUUUGAUCUUUUGGCUCGCAGCUCUGCGCUCCAACAGCCAUUCCUCCUGUCAGCAGUUUUGUUUGCGGGCGGGGUGAUUUUGUGCCGUUUGGAUCCGUUGGUGCAAGUGAUCCUCAUGAAAGCAGCCAUUACUUGAGAAAGGGAUUUUUUUUUUUUUUUUUUAAGGAGGGGAGCAGUGGAGGUUGGAGCUACUUCAGAUAUUUUAGCGUGUUGGUAAUCUUGGUGUAGAUGUGGUUUCAAAAACAAACAAACAAAAAAAAGAUGUGGAUUGAUUGAAUGUGAAUUGAAAUUUUUCCUUAUUCGUUUCAUCCACUCUUAACAAGUAGACUGAUGUGACUGUUACUUCAUUAGUAGUUCAGAUGUUAAGUUGGGUUCUUUUUUUUUUCUUUCUGGUACAACGGUCCUACCUCAACUGACACCAUGAUGAGAACAGUGGGAAACAGAUUUUUUUUUUUUAAACUGACACCCACUCAACCCACACAGAAACAGGGAGUUGACCAUCCCCACCCCGUACCCCCCACAAACACAACCCAACUGACCCCCCCCCCAAAUCCCCUCCGCUAUCCUGCAGAAUCAUGCGGUGAGCCAAACCUGCCCGUCAGGCCUGGGGUCUAAGGCACUGCCUGCCCUGUCUUGGUCAGCCGGCUGUGCUAGACUGCUCUGCUGUGUCCAGUGAUGGCCGGCCUGUUCAGAGGCCUGACGGGUGCCAUUGGAAAAGAAUGUGAACUUGCAGAUUUCUCUCUUUUCCAGAGAGAGAGAGAGGGGUCUCCCACUUAAGAGGGCAUCCAGUGCCUGUCAGUUUGAUGUCAAGCUGUGCCUGCAAAAACGUUCAUUUGUUUUGUUUUCUAUAUUUCUUUUUUUUCCCCUUUUUUUUGAGGAGUGAGCGAGAACCAUCCUGAAUACCUGAACCUCGGAAGGACGCCUAUGCCAGGAUUCCUUAGUCUCCAUGUUUCUCUAUUCAGUAAAUUAUUUAAAAAACGAAAUAAAUAAACAUUCGUUUGCCAACUACUUACUGUGGUCAAGUGGGACUAGAACACUUCUGUCUGCCACAGUGCUGGAAGAUUAUAUCUGAGAGGGAUAAGGUAUUAUUAUUAUUAUUAUUAUUAUUUUGUGUAAAUAUUUGAUGAGGUUGUUAAUUUACCCUGCAAAGUGGCCUUUACAGUGUGAUAUUUUAUACUUUCAAAAAAUAAAUGUGGUUAUAUUUGUUUGGCGUA